AUGAACUGUUCUUGGGAACAAAUACGAAGGGAAAUCAGAGCUUAUCGUAGUUCUGUUAACCCUUCCAACAUCGCAAAUGUUAAAGAUUUCUGCUUUGAUGAGAGAAAUAACCGCGCUUAUUUCCUGGCAACCGAUCCUUCGCGAAUGAAAACUUCUACUUUAUUUAUGGUUGACUUACCACCUUUAAAAUGUAAAAAAGAAAAGACCGAAUUAGCUAAUAAAUUUCGAGAUCAAAAAUUUUCUUUUACUUUUUGUUCAUCGAUAUCGCAUGAUGCAUCUGAAUCUAUCAAACCAUCGAGUUUGGAUAAUUUCUCUUUCAUAGAUUUGUCAUCUGUGAAUAAUAAAACGCAAUUUAAAUCACAACAAUCAAGUGCAUUGCCAAAAAUACCUACUGUGGAAUGGAAACCAUUACUUCCAGAAUCAUGUCUAAAAGAAAAACAUUUCUCAGAGACAUUAUCACGGGAAGAAAUGUUUGUAAAGGAGCGAAGGAGGUUAGCUUUACAAGGAAUUACUAGUUAUCAAUUUGACUCUCGAAGUAGUCAGAUAUUAUUCAACUACGGGAGCGGGAUUUACUUGGGACAUGUUAGCAAGAACGUUGACUUUUAUCCACGCCCAAUAAUACCUUAUUCAUCAAACUCUGUAACAUGUUCUGGAGGCAUAAUGAAUUUUUCACUCGCCCAAUCGCCACAAAAUAAUCGCAUAUCACCACUUUCUUCCCCUUCGAUUAAUAGCUCUUCUCCUUCAUCACCUUGUUGUCCUUCAUUAAAUAAUACAUUACCACCACGACUAGAUCCAAAGUUGGGUGGUCGUAACUGCGACCUUGUCGCUUUUAUCCGUGAUAGAGAUAUUUGGGUAACGACUUUAAACGGGUUGGAAACUCAAUUGACGUUUUGCAAUGAGCAUGAUCCUGAUGGAUCUUCUGCCUUAAGUUGCGGUGUCGCUGAGUUUGUAAUGCAGGAAGAAUUUCACCGCUUUACAGGCUAUUAUUGGGCACCUUCUUCAGCAUCAACAUGCAUGGAGGAACUUGUCGAACGAAUAUUAUAUUUACAGAUUUCAGAAUCUAUGGUAGAUUUGGUUUUGAUACCCAGACCAGGUCAACAAGGAGAAGCAGAAGAGUAUCGCUAUCCAAAAGCUGGUACGCCAAAUGCUGUUAGUGAUUUACAGAUCGUUGAGUUCAUUCCACGUUACAACGAAGAUGAGGAAGUAACAACCAGUCCUGUACACAAAAGGCUUUGGGGUCCUGCAGCAUUGGAUAAACUCUUCCCGUGGAAAGAGUACAUUGUUCGGUUUGGCUGGUGCCCAAACGGCAAAAGUGUUUGGGUUCAACUCCUUGAUCGUCUACAACGAAGAACAGCUAUUAUUAAAAUCCCAAUUGCAAACUUUAUGAGCCUAUCAGAAUAUCAGAAAAGUGGUGGUGAACUAGAUAAUCUUUGUGCGUCACGAAUAGAGGUUGUUUUUGAAGAAACAAGUGACAUUUGGAUUAAUAUAACAGAUAUUUGUUAUUUUUUUAAUGAUGAGAUUAUUUCAACAAAGAAUACAGAUACGAAUACAUCCUCGCCUUGCACGAUACAACCUCGGUUACCUCCCACUAAGCUUAUUAUCACUUCUGAGAGUACUGGAUUUCGUCAUCUUUACCUCGUGACCAAACCUUCUGCUGAAUCGCUGCACUACCACGUUAGACCUAUUACUGCUGGAGAUUGGCCUAUCGUAGAUAGACCAAUAUAUGUUGAUGCCAAAAGGGAACUUGUCUAUUUUACUGCCAAAAAGGAUACUCCACUGGAGGCUCAUAUAUAUGUAGCUAGUUGUGCUGAAACUGCAGAUCCUUACUCAGUGAUACGGCUCUCAGAACUAGGCUAUAGCCAUUUUGUGGUGAUGGACGAAAACUGUGAGAGAUAUCUAGAUUGGUUUUCCAAUAUAAAGGAAAAACCAAAAUGCGGGGUUCGAUAUUUCGAAUGGGAUGAAGGACAAAUAUUUCCCAAAGUAAGUGAAACAUUAGGAAUCUUUGUGAAAGGCGGAAAUGAAGAGGAAGUAAGGAGCAAUGAAGAUAAACGACAAAAUGAACGAAUUCCUAUAGGUGAAUUUUUUAAUUUUAAAAAUAGCGAUGGAGUAACAAUUUAUGGAUGUUUAUACCGGCCGACAAAUUAUAUUCAAGGGAAGAAAUAUCCCACUCUUUUAAGCAUAUACGGUGGACCUAAGUCUCAGAUGGUAACGAAUGAUUAUAAAUACCCACGACUUCUUCGAUUAUUUCUUGCAGCUCAUCUUGGUUUUUCUGUUGUUUUGAUUGAUGGCCGUGGGUCCUCAGAUCGGGGCCUAGCAUUUGAAUCCUAUCUUAAGGGUCGUAUGGGCACUGUUGAAUUAGAUGAUCAAAUUGCUGGGUUAGAAUAUUUAUCUUCAAUGAAUAUGGGUAUUGAUUUGGAAAGAGUUGCUAUCACUGGCUGGAGCUAUGGUGGAUAUUUAAGUUUAAUGGCGCUCGCACAACAUCCGCAGAUUUUCAAAUUGGCCAUUGCGGGGGCGCCAGUGACGCAAUGGGAACUUUACGAUACUGCUUACACUGAACGUUAUAUGGGAUUUCCAGAAGAAAAUGUUGAAGGUUAUCACAACGGGAAUGUAUUAACAUGGGCAGAAAAAUUUCCUGACGGGGAGAAUCGUCUUCUCAUUGUUCAUGGACAAAUUGACGAAAAUGUACAUUUUAAGAAUUCCGAAUUAUUAGUUUCAUCUCUUGUGAAAUUUAAUAAGCCGCAUGUCUUACAACCAUACCCAACGGAAAGACAUGGAUUAAGACAUGCGAAUGUAGCAGAACACUUUGAAACAUUAAUGUUUUUUUGGUUGGUUAAUUACCUGUGA